UCGCCUUUGCGGAUGCGCGAAGAUAUCUUGCCAGUGAUGGUCAGCUGUGACGGGAAAGGCCUCCGGAAAUGCGCCUUAGGCAUGUAACUCUGAAUUUCAGGGAUACCCUACGGCAUCACAAUGUACGUGUACGGUUCCGAGAUUACGUAGACAUGUAAUAUGUGUGUGCCUAGUGUAAAUUCACGGUGAAAAUCUGGCGUGAACGGUGCCGCGGUGGGUCUGGGAUCAUGGCGUCGGUCUCAGCCGAGACCCCAGCCGGCCACGGGCACAGCUUCAGCAAGAAAACGUUCCACAAGCCCACCUACUGUCACCACUGCAGCGACAUGCUGUGGGGGCUCAUACAGCAGGGGUACAUCUGCGAAGUGUGUAACUUCGUGGUGCACGACCGCUGUCUCAAGACCGUGGUCUCCCCAUGCUCCAGCAUCGCAGCCAGCCUCAUCAAGAAUCCUGUGGCACAUUGCUGGUCCGAGCAGACACACCAAAAACGCAAGUUCUGUAACGUUUGCCGCAAAAGACUGGAUGACAGUUUAUCCAUCCACUGUGAGGUAUGCGAGUACUAUGUGCAUACAGACUGCCAGGAUUUUGCCGUAGCAGAGUGCAAGGAGAACGCAACGUACCUGCCAGACAAGGAUCUGUCAUUAGUGCAUCACCAGCAUCACUGGCGUGAAGGCAACCUUCCUAGCAAUUCUAAAUGCAUUGUGUGUAAGAAGACUUGCUGGUCAGCGGAAUGCUUAGCAGGGUUUCGUUGUGAAUGGUGUGGUAUGACGUCCCAUGCAGUGUGUCACAAGCAGAUCACUGGAGAAUGUACAUUUGGAAAUCUGGAACCUAUCUACCUGCCCCCCCAUGCUGUCAGCAUACCUCGCACUGAGGUGCCCAUGGAGGCCAUCAUUGGGGUGCAGGUUCGGCGUAGAGAGACCAUGUCCCGUGAGUAUUCAUGCCGCUGCGAUGAUAGUGGGAGCCGAGUUUCAGCUGUCAUGAAGCGACUGUCACUUGUUUUGCCUCGCAGCUGCAAGGGCAAUUGCCACACCUCACCUCCUUACAUGAGAGCCCGCAGCAUAUCGGAGGAGUUCAGCAGUGGUGACACACGUUACCGUGAUAAUGAUGAUUACCCACACACUCGAGAGAAGGGGAAGGAGAAGGAGGACCGGGAUGAAGAAAUUAUUAAAGUUUAUGAUGGCAACGGUUCAUUUCGGCGCCGUAUUUUUCGCUUAAUCUGUGUGUCAAGACAGUCGACAACUGAGGAACUACUUACAGCUGCAUUGCGAGAAUUCCGUAUCACUAAAGAUCCAGGGUCCUUUUACUUAACGGACGUAUAUGCAAGUGAAGUUUCGAGGCUUGGUGAGGUGAAUGUAGUUGAUCCAUUGCCUGUAAUGAGUCUUCAUUGUAAGGAGGGCAGACGGCCUGCAGUCUUCUUACGCUUCAGGGAUCGUGACAACGACAGUGGUGAGGUGAGGGUGUACCCAGGAAAGCUGCAAGUAUCUGAGGCCUACUGUACUGUCCCUGUAAAUGGGGAAACAACAAUAGCAGAUCUGAUUCGAGAAUCACUGAUUCGUUUUGGGCUCGAAAAUUUUGAGUGUGAACAGUAUCGUCUGAGUGAAAUUCUGCUGGAUAGAGGAGUAACAGAGAGAGUCCUAUCAUGGGAUGAACGUCCUUGGGAAAUAGUGAAGCAACGUGGGAAGGAGUCAAUCCGUCAGAUGGAGCUUAUGAGGUUUUAUCUGCAGCUAAAGCAAGAUCCACAUGGUCCAAACCUUGCUCUGUUUGUUGGCAAUCUACCUCCUAACCUUUCCCAGCGAAACUAUGAAAACAUGCUCACCGAGUUUCUGGGGAAGGAAAACAAGUUUUCCUCCAUUGGACCAAUUUACUAUGAGUAUGGGUCAAUGGUCAUCACCUAUGAAGAUUCCAACAAGGCUGUACGAGCUCUAUACUGUCUGCGAGAAUCUUGCUAUGAGGAUAAACAUCUUUUGGUAAUGCUGCUCCCAAACAUUGAACCAAGUAUGGUCCCACCUGGAGUGCAGCCCCUGCUGGUGUUUGUGAAUGUUAAGUCUGGAGGGUGCCAAGGCUCGGAACUAAUUUCCAGCUUUCGAAAACUGCUCAACCCAUAUCAAGUAUUUGACCUUGACAAUGGUGGGCCUCUCCCUGGGCUGUACGUGUUCCGCCACAUUAAAGAUUAUAAAAUUCUGGUGUGUGGAGGAGAUGGCACUAUUGGUUGGGUUCUCCAGUGUCUAGACAAUGUGGGACAGGACAGUGAAUGUUCCUCUCCAGCAUGUGCCAUAGUCCCACUUGGAACAGGAAAUGAUCUGGCACGUGUGUUACGAUGGGGGCCAGGUUAUACAGGAGGUGAAGACCCACUGAAUCUUCUGCGGGAUGUAAUUGAUGCUGAGGAAAUUCGUCUGGAUCGCUGGACUGUUGUAUUUCAUCCAGAAGACAAAGCUGAUGACAAAGGGCAACAACCUCUCAAUCCAUCAGCUGGUUCUACAAGUGAAGAUAACACACAGAUCUUUGUAAUGAAUAAUUACUUUGGAAUUGGAAUUGAUGCGGAUCUAUGUUUGGACUUCCACAAUGCCAGAGAGGAGAACCCCAACAAGUUCAAUAGCAGGUUACAUAAUAAGGGUGUCUACGUGAAGAUGGGUCUGCGUAAGAUGGUAGGACGCAAACUGUGCAAGGACCUGCACAAGGAGAUUCGUCUUGAAGUGGAUGGGAAAUUAGUGGAAUUGCCACAAGUUGAAGGAAUCAUCAUUCUCAACAUCCUCAGCUGGGGUUCUGGGGCCAACCCUUGGGGUCCAGAGAAAGAAGAUCAGUUUUCAAAGCCCAAUCACUGGGAUGGCAUGCUUGAAGUGGUUGGUGUUACUGGCGUGGUACAUCUCGGUCAGAUCCAAUCAGGCUUUCGUUCAGCCUUGAGAAUCGCUCAGGGUGGCCACAUAAAGAUCCACCUGAAUUCUGACAUCCCAGUGCAGGUGGAUGGAGAACCCUGGGUUCAGAGCCCAGGGGAUGUCGUCGUUCUUAAAUCAGCUCUCAAGGCAACCAUGCUGAAGAAAAAUAAGAUCAAGCGGCGUAACACUGAACCGUCCAUCUUGCCAGCAAACGGGGAGGGGGGGAAGAGCAGUGAUGACUGAAUCCAUUCCCUGCCCUUCCAUAACAUACUGGUGCAGACUGGGGGUUUGGAAAUCACACUACCUCUGGUGUUUAUUUCUCCUUCAUGUGCCAUCUUCCAAAAGGACACAAUUCCUUUAACUACAAGCCUUCAUAUAUGUGGACAUGCGUGUGCAUGUGACAUUUGGUGUUGUUGAGGCGCAAGAGUGGCAUGUGGUUUUUCUUUUGUGGUUAACCCCCAGGUUGCACCAUACUGUUUUGUUAAUUUUUCUUGUGUACUUAAUGCACCCUGCCUGUGACCCUGAUUUAGCUGCAUCUAUCCUUAGCAUUUUAAUCUUACUGCAGCUUCUUCAGUAGUUUCCUCAAACUUUUGUAUAUGUGAGGGUGAGAUCCACUUUUUAAGUAUUGACGUCAAAUUCUUCUCUUUCCUUUGCACUGUUUUUUUUGCCCCUUCCAAUGACCUCCCCCUCCCCGUAGGCCACUAUGUUGAAGAAGAUGAAGGGCAAGAUGAAACGACGCAACACAGAGCCACUGAUGCUGGUGUCACCAGGUGCUCAGUUUGUGCUGCCUCAAGAUGCAUCAGCUAACCAUAACAACACUGUGUUCUGAAGAAGGAGAUGCGUUGUGUUGCCUGCUUCUUGCCAUCUGGUGGUGCCAUGAAGAAAGAUGAAAAGUUCUACAGUCAAAUAAACAUGGUGAAUAAUGGAAAAUCAGCACACAAAACUAUAACCAGCAUGGUUAUGUUGGUUCUGAUUGUUGUGCAACAGUGCGACCUUUUGUUGUUCAUUUAAUUUUUCCUUGUGAUUGCCAGUUUGUAGGUUAAGGUAGAUCUCAUUUUCUGUGCCCUCCCACCUCUCCUGAGGAAGUGCCGUGCCGAAAAAUUUGGGUCCACCCCGCACGAUAAAAGGAACCAAAAGUUGUUCCUUCUUGCAGUAUUAACAUGUCCAAGGGCCCAAUGAUGAUGGUACGGCCAUGUACAGUAACUAGUCACUCACAAAUCCCAAGUGAUGCGAUGUGUGUGUUCUUUCUCAAAACUGGGCAUGUGUUUUCACAACAGUCAUGUGAGCGACUGCAUGUACGCUUAAGUUUUGCAUUUAUGUUCUCUAGUAAUGUAUACUGUAAUGAUAACUAUUACGUUAAAAGUAUGGUAUUUUACCAAUGGACUUGAACAAGACAACAGGCUUUUUGCUGUUGUUCCUUGUUCGUGAACAGUGUAGGAAGCACAAUGGAGCAUAGAAAAAAGUUGUUACAAUGUAUUAUUAAGUAUAGAUCUAUUUUAUUGUUGGUCAUAGUAUUGUUGUGGAUCUGAUUCUCAGAUCUUAAUGCGGUUUAUACCGUAAAUUUAGUCGGUAGAGAGUUGGAUGACAUGGUAGGCUGGUAUCUGAGGUUCUCCUAUAACCUUCAAUUCUGAAUGGUAUUUCUCUUCCGACUUAUGUCGGCAUAUUUCUAGUCAUAAGAAUCUUGCAUGAAGGCAGGAUUUCAGUCACAUCUGGCCAUUAAGGUGAACUCACAACGAAACAACCCCACCUGAUGGGGCUCGUCUCAGUUUGAGAAUGGACAGAUCCUGUUGGAUCGAAACUUGUUCGGCCUUAUGAUUACUACCACAUAUGUACUGGUGGCUUAUAAGUAGCCACUCAUACAUUUAAUACACUUUAUUCUAAAUGUGAAGUGUACAUAAAGAAUUCAUGUAUAACCUGAUACUGACAAAAUAAAGCUAGAACUUUGUCACUUUGAGUACAGAAUAGUGACACUGUUCAGCUAAAGAAACAUAUUUCUAUAUGUAAAACAUUCCACGAGGAUAAAUGAGCACAUCUAAUGAGACUGAAAUUGGGCAACAAAAAUAUUACAACUGCCCAAAAGAGAGUAACCUCCCUGAUGGCUCAUACCAUCUAAGGCAGACAGCUGUAUGCUGUGCUCCCUUAGUUAAACAUCGUUGGAAUAUCAAUAUUACAAUCAGAAUGUGACACCUAUUAAUCCACCCAGUUUCUCUGUGCACAUGCUCUUGUAAGGGAUACAGGGACAUGAGGCAUCUACUUAAGUCGUUCAGAGAAUGUUUAUUAUCCAGUUGGUAUUAAGUCUGAAUUUGUGAGAAGUUAUAAGGUGCAAGCAAUAGUUUGAAUUGUCAGCUCCAAGAAGUAGAAGAAUAUUACAAAUCAAAAUGGUUGUUUGAA